AUGGCGGACCCGGAGGCGCACGAGGCGAUGCUCGAGGAGAAAGCGCGAAAAUGGCAGCAGCUCAACGCGAAGAGAUACGGGACGUCCCGGAAGUUCGGGUACUCCGAGCCGAAGAAGGAAGAGAUGCCCCCGGAGCACGUGCGCAAGAUCGUGAAAGACCACGGCGACAUGUCCUCGAGGAAAUUCCGGCACGACAAGCGCGUGUACCUCGGCGCUCUGAAGUACGUCCCUCACGCGGUGUACAAGCUGCUCGAGAACAUGCCGAUGCCGUGGGAGCAAGUGCGGCACUGCGAGGUGAUCUACCACAUCACCGGGGCGAUCACGUUCGUGAACGAGACGCCGAAGGUGAUCGAGCCGCUGUACAUCGCGCAGUGGGGCACGAUGUGGAUCAUGAUGCGACGGGAGAAGCGCGAUCGGAGGCACUUUAAGCGGAUGCGUUUUCCGCCGUUCGACGACGAGGAACCGCCGUUAGAUUACGCGGACAACCUCCUCGACGUGGACCCGCUCGAGGCGAUCGAGCUCGAGCUCGACGAGGACGAGGACGGUGCCGUGACGGAGUGGUUUUACGACCACAACCCGCUGAAGUGGACGAAGUUUGUGAACGGGACGAGCUACCGCAAGUGGCAGCUCCCGCUGCCGGUGAUGGCGACGCUCUAUCGACUCGCCGGGCAGCUCCUGUCCGACCUGACGGACCCGAACUACUUCUACCUGUUCGAGAAGAAGUCGUUCUUCACCGCGAAGGCGCUGAACAUGUGCAUUCCGGGCGGGCCGAAGUAUGAGCCGCUGUUCCGGGACAUGGACAAGGCUGACGAGGACUGGAACGAGUUCAACGACAUCAACAAGCUCAUCAUUCGGUCCGCGCUUCGAACGGAGUACAAGGUUGCGUUCCCGUACCUGUACAACAACCGCCCGCGUAAGGUGGCGGUGCCGCCGUACCACACCCCGAUGGUGAUGUACAUCAAGACGGAGGACCCGGAUCUCCCCGCGUUUUACUACGACCCGCUGAUCCACCCCAUCGCGCACUACAAGAGCGAAGGGAGCGCGAGGAGCGCGGCGAUGGAAGGCGUGGGCGACGACGAGGAGGACGACUUCGUGCUGCCGGAAGGGUGCGACGCGUUCAUCGCGGAGGCGGAGCUGUACAGCGACAACACGAUGAACGGCAUCGCGCUCGUGUUUUCUCCGCGGCCGUUUAACAUGCGGUCGGGGAAGACGCGGCGGACGAUCGACGUGCCGCUCGUGAACGGGUGGUUCCACGAGCACUGCCCGCCCGGGUAUCCGGUGAAGGUGAGGGUGUCGUACCAGAAGCUUCUGAAGUGCUACGUCCUGAACCAGCUUCACAAGCGGCCGCCGAAGGGGUUGAAGCGGAAGUCGCUGUUCAAGGCGCUGAAGAAGACGAAGUUUUUUCAGUGCACGGAGCUCGACUGGGUCGAGGCGGGGCUUCAGGUGUGCCGUCAAGGGUACAACAUGCUCAACUUGCUCAUUCACCGCAAGAACUUGAACUACUUGCACUUGGACUACAACUUCAACUUGAAGCCGGUGAAGACGCUGACGACGAAGGAGCGCAAGAAGUCUCGCUUCGGGAACGCGUUUCACCUGUGCCGCGAGAUCCUGCGCCUCACGAAGCUCGUCGUGGACUCGCAAGUGCAGUUUAGGCUCGGAAACGUGGACGCGUUUCAACUCGCGGACGGCUUGCAGUACAUCUUCUCGCACGUCGGUCAGCUCACGGGGAUGUACCGGUACAAGUACAGGCUCAUGCGUCAGAUCCGCAUGUGCAAGGACCUGAAGCACCUGAUUUACUACCGGUUCAACACCGGUCCCGUCGGCAAAGGCCCGGGCGUCGGGUUCUGGGCGCCGAUGUGGCGCGUGUGGCUCUUCUUCCUCCGCGGCAUCGUCCCGCUCCUCGAGCGAUGGUUAGGCAACCUCCUCGCGAGGCAGUUCGAGGGAAGGCACAGCAAGGGCGUCGCGAAGACGGUCACGAAGCAGCGCAUCGAGUCGCACUUCGAUCUCGAGCUGCGCGCCGCGGUGAUGCACGACAUCCUCGACAUGAUGCCGGAAGGGGUCAAGGCGAACAAGGCGAAGACGAUCUUGCAGCAUCUCUCCGAGGCGUGGCGGUGCUGGAAGGCGAACAUCCCGUGGAAAGUCCCGGGCUUGCCCGCGCCGAUCGAGAACAUGAUCUUGAGGUACGUCAAGUCCAAGGCGGACUGGUGGACGAACGUCGCGCACUACAACCGCGAACGCAUUCGCCGCGGCGCCACCGUCGACAAGACGGUGUGCCGGAAGAACCUCGGGCGGCUCACGCGGCUGUGGCUCAAGGCAGAGCAAGAGCGCCAGCACAACUACCUCAAGGACGGGCCGUACGUCACCCCGGAGGAGGCGGUCGCGAUAUACACGACGACCGUGCACUGGCUCGAGUCGAGGAAGUUUUCUCCGAUUCCGUUCCCGCCGUUGUCGUACAAGCACGACAGGAAGCUCCUCAUCCUCGCGCUCGAACGGCUCAAGGAGAAUUAUUCCAUCUCCGCGCGGUUAAACCAGGCGCAACGCGAGGAGCUCGGGCUCAUCGAGCAGGCGUUCGAUAACCCGCACGAGGCGCUAUCGCGCAUCAAGCGACACCUGCUGACGCAGAGGGCGUUCAAGGAGGUUGGCAUCGAGUUCAUGGACCUGUACUCGCACCUCAUUCCCGUGUACGAGAUCGAGCCUCUGGAGAAGAUCACGGAUGCGUACCUCGACCAGUACAUCUGGUACGAGUCCGAUAAGAGGCACCUGUUCCCGAACUGGAUCAAGCCCGCGGACACGGAGCCACCGCCGCUGCUCGUGUACAAGUGGUGCCAGGGGAUUAACAACCUCACGGACGUGUGGGACACGGACGAGGGCGAGUGCGUGGUGAUGCUUCAGACGAGGUUCGAACGCAUGUUUGAAAAGGUGGACCUCACGAUGCUCAACCGCCUCAUGCGUCUGAUCGUCGAUCAUAACAUCGCGGACUACAUCACCGCGAAGAACAACGUCGUCAUCUCGUACAAGGACAUGAGCCACACGAACUCGUACGGUCUGAUCCGCGGCUUGCAGUUCGCGUCGUUCGUGUCGCAGUACUACGGCUUGGUCCUGGACUUGCUCGUGCUCGGUCUCACGCGCGCCUCUGAAAUCGCGGGACCGCCGCAGAUGCCGAACGAGUUCAUCUCGUACAGGGACGUGCGCACGGAGACGAGGCAUCCGAUCCGUUUAUACUCGAGGUACAUCGACAAGAUCCACAUGCUGUUCCGUUUCACCGCGGAGGAGGCGAAGGAUCUCAUCCAGCGGUAUCUCACCGAGCACCCGGAUCCGAACAACGAAAACCUCGUCGGGUACAACAACAAAAAGUGCUGGCCGCGCGACGCGCGCAUGCGUCUGAUGAAGCACGACGUCAACCUGGGCAGAGCCGUGUUUUGGGACAUUCGGAACCGGCUUCCGCGGUCGCUGACGACGCUGGAGUGGGACAACGGGUUCGUCUCCGUGUACUCGCGGGAUAACCCGAACCUGCUCUUCAACAUGUGCGGGUUCGAGGUGCGAAUCAUGCCCAAGGUGAGAAUGGCGACGGAGUAUUUCGCGCAAAAGGACGGCGUGUGGAACCUCCAGAACGAGCAGACGAAGGAGCGCACCGCGCAGGCGUUCUUACGCGUGGACGACGAAGCCCUCAAGCAGUUCGAGAACCGAGUCCGGCAGGUGUUGAUGUCCUCGGGGGCGACGACGUUUACGAAGAUCGCCAACAAGUGGAACACGGCGCUCAUCGGAUUGAUGACGUACUACCGCGAGUCCGUGGUGCACACCCAGGAGCUCUUGGAUCUUCUCGUGAAGUGCGAGAAUAAGAUCCAGACGCGCAUCAAGAUUGGUCUGAACUCCAAGAUGCCGUCGCGUUUCCCUCCCGUGGUGUUCUACACCCCGAAGGAGAUUGGCGGCCUCGGGAUGCUGUCCAUGGGUCACAUCUUGAUCCCGCAGUCCGACUUGAAGUACAGCGUGCAGACGGAUACCGGCGUGACGCACUUCCGCAGCGGGAUGUCCCACGACGAGGACCAGCUGAUUCCAAACUUGUAUCGGUACAUUCAGCCGUGGGAGGCGGAGUUCAACGACUCGCAGCGCGUGUGGGCGGAAUACGCGUUGAAGCGGCAGGAGGCGCAAGCGCAGAACCGGCGACUCACGCUGGAGGAUCUCGAGGACUCGUGGGACCGCGGGAUUCCGAGGAUCAACACGCUGUUCCAAAAAGAUCGUCACACGCUCGCGUACGACAAAGGGUGGCGCGUGCGGACGCACUUCAAAGAGCACUGCUUGCUCCGGCAGAACCCGUUCUGGUGGACGCAUCAGCGGCACGACGGGAAGCUGUGGAACCUCAACAACUACCGCACCGACGUGAUUCAGGCGCUCGGCGGCGUCGAGGGCAUCUUGGAGCACACGCUGUUCAAGGGGACGUACUUCCCGACGUGGGAGGGUCUGUUUUGGGAGAAGGCUUCGGGGUUCGAGGAGAGCAUGAAGUACAAAAAGCUGACCAACGCGCAGCGGAGCGGUCUAAACCAGAUCCCGAACCGUCGGUUCACGCUGUGGUGGUCGCCGACGAUCAACCGCGCCAACGUCUACGUCGGGUUCCAAGUACAGCUGGAUUUGACCGGCAUAUUCAUGCACGGGAAGAUCCCCACGCUGAAGAUUUCGUUGAUUCAAAUCUUCAGAGCGCACUUGUGGCAGAAGAUUCACGAGUCCGUGGUGAUGGAUCUGUGCCAAGUCUUCGACCAAGAGCUGGACGCGCUCGAGAUCGAGACGGUGCAAAAAGAGACGAUUCACCCGAGAAAGUCGUACAAGAUGAACUCGUCGUGCGCGGACGUUCUCCUGUUCGCCGCGUACAAGUGGCAGAUCUCGAAGCCGUCGCUCAUGGGCGACAGCAAGGACGCGUUCGAUCAGAAGUCUUCGAACAAGUACUGGCUCGACGUGCAACUUCGGUGGGGCGAUUUCGACUCGCACGACAUCGAGCGGUACACGCGCGCGAAAUUUCUCGACUACACGACGGAUAACAUGUCCAUCUACCCGUCCCCCACGGGCGUGAUGAUCGGCAUCGACCUCGCGUACAACCUCCACGCCGCGUACGGAAACUGGUUCCCCGGGUCGAAGCCGCUCAUUCAGCAGGCGAUGGCGAAGAUCAUGAAAGCCAACCCGGCGCUCUACGUCUUGCGAGAGCGCGUGCGCAAGGGUCUGCAGCUGUACUCCUCUGAGCCCACGGAGCCGUAUCUGAACUCGCAAAACUACGGCGAGUUGUUUUCGAACCAGACGAUCUGGUUCGUGGACGACACGAACGUGUACCGCGUCACGAUCCACAAGACGUUCGAGGGGAACCUCACGACGAAGCCGAUCAACGGCGCCAUCUUCAUCUUCAACCCGAGGACCGGUCAGCUGUUCCUCAAGGUGAUUCACACGUCGGUGUGGGCGGGGCAAAAGCGUUUGGGGCAGCUCGCCAAGUGGAAGACGGCGGAGGAGGUGGCCGCGCUCGUGCGGUCCCUGCCCGUGGAGGAGCAGCCGAAGCAGAUCAUCGUCACUCGUAAGGGCAUGCUCGACCCGCUGGAGGUGCACCUCCUCGAUUUCCCGAACAUCGUCAUCAAAGGGAGCGAGCUGCAGAUGCCGUUCCAGGCGUGCAUGAAGAUUGAAAAGUUUGGCGACCUCAUCUUGAAGGCGACGGAGCCGCAGAUGGUUCUCUUCAACAUCUACGACGACUGGCUGAAGACCAUCUCGUCCUACACCGCGUUCUCGAGGCUCAUACUCAUCCUCCGCGCGCUGCACGUGAACACCGACAAGGCGAAGAUGUUACUCAAGCCGGACAAGACCAUCAUCACCCAGCCGCAUCACGUCUGGCCGGAUCUCUCCGACGAGCAGUGGAUCAAGGUGGAGAUCGCGCUGAAAGAUCUCAUCUUGGGCGACUACGCGAAGAAGAACAACGUCAACGUCAGCGCGCUGACGCAGAGUGAGAUCAGAGACAUCAUCCUCGGCGCGGAGAUCACGCCGCCGAGUUUACAGCGGCAGCAGAUCGCGGAGAUUGAAAAAGCCGGCGGCGACGCCGCGGGGAUGACGGCGGUGACGACCAAGACGACCAACGUCCACGGCGACGAGCUCAUCGUGACGACGACGUCGCCGUACGAGCAGGCGACGUUCGGUUCGAAGACGGACUGGCGCGUGCGCGCGAUCAGCGCGUCGAACUUGCACUUGCGCGUGAAUCACAUCUACGUCAACAGCGACGACAUCAAAGAGAGCGGGUACACGUACGUGCUGCCGAAAAACGUGCUGAAGAAGUUUAUCACCGUCGCGGAUCUCCGGACGCAGAUCGCGGGGUACAUGUACGGCGUGUCGCCGCCGGAUAACCCGCAGGUGAAGGAAAUUCGAUGCGUCGUGAUGCCGCCGCAGUGGGGGAACCACGCCGGGGUGAACAUGCCGCAGACGUUGCCGGAGCACGAUUACCUCGAAGACUUGGAGCCGCUCGGGUGGCUGCACACCCAGCCGAACGAGUCGCCGCAGCUCCCGCCCGGGGACGUGUGCGCGCACGCGAAGAUUCUGGAAGGGAACCGGUCGUGGGACGGCGAGAAGUGCAUCGUGUUGACGUGCUCCUUCACCCCCGGGUCGUGCUCUUUGACGGCGUACAAGCUCACUCCGAGCGGGUACGAGUGGGGUCGCGCGAACAAGGAUUCGAGCGCCAACCCGCAGGGGUACGCGCCGUCGCAUUACGAAAAGGUGCAGAUGCUCUUGUCGGACAGGUUCUUGGGGUAUUUCAUGGUCCCGGACGGCGGGAGCUGGAACUACAACUUCCAGGGCGUGAAGCACUCCGCGUCGAUGAAGUACGCGCUGCGUUUGGCGAACCCGAAGGAGUUUUACCACGAGAGUCACCGUCCGACGCACUUUUUGGAGUUUUCGGGCGCGGAGGCUGGCGGCGGCGACCGCGGCGGCGCGGAGGGCGGCGCGGAAGACGUCGCGGAGGCGGACCGCGAGGAUCUCUUCAUUUGAUUUGUUCCAUUUGGAUGCGUUGAAGAGAAGAAGAAGAAGAAUAGAUACGACGGGAAACGAAUAGAACGCGCGACGGAGGCGCCGGUGCACACCGCCCUUCUUCGCUUUAAAAUUUGACAAAGCAAAAAUUUAGCCAUU